UCGAAAUCAACAAAACAUAUAUAUUCGAUGUAUCUGCAACUAGAAUUAUCAGUUGUGCAUUAAUCUUAACACAGUCAAGAUGAAGAUUUUCCUUCUAAUAUUUUUUGCAGUCUUCCUUGUUCAAGCAUCGACCGAUAGAACGAAAGAAAUAUUCGCCGAAGAUAUCGUUUCACUUCAAGUAAAACUAUUGCUAACAAGUGUAAAAGAACUGAAUGCGAAUUGUUCGGAAAACAUAUCGAACCUGGAAAAUGUGUUACACGAUGUUGAGAAGUGCAUUGUGGAAUCGAUGUCGUUCAAAACGACCACGAUAUGCGGAAUUGCUAAGGCUCACUACAAAAAAUGUAUGGAACCAAUGAAAAAUGCCGUGGUCGGCUGCGUGGAUAAGGAAUCUCAAGGUAUUCCACCAUUCAUUAUUAAUACCAUUGAUAAUCUUAUCAACUACAUUUGCGGCGGCAAAGGAAAAUACUUUUUUGAGUUGACGAAUCCAUGCUUCUGGAGAAGGGAAGACGACAGUUUCAAAACGUGUGAGAAAUUGCUAACGGACAAAAUCAAAAAAUGGUCAGAAGAAACCUUUACCGUUUCAGACAUUUGCGGCCUCUUCGAUUCGGCGAAGGACUGCUUUUAUGACCAUUUACGAAAUGGUUGUAAAAAUACCGUGACAUUAGAGGCCUUUGGAGGAGUUUACGAAGCUUUAAGCAAGGAAUGCAAGGACUCAAAAUCCCUUUUAACAAAUGAUUUAAAGUAGAAACACAUUUAAGAAUAAAUGAAUAUAUUUCAAGCAAAUAUAUUUACAAGCAAACAAUAA